CAGUUUGCUUUACCGUCUAUUUUAUUCUCAGUGUGAAUGAGUUUGCGGCUUCACGGGAGCGCUGUAAUGUGAAAAGCCGCAUUUGCACUAUUAGUAUCCCAACACUGGAAGGAAAAACACGAGGGCCGUUUUAAUUCUCCUCACAGCUCUAGUCUUAUCCCGAGAGUGGAUUAACACAUUUAAGCGCUACAACCAUGUCCAGGCCAGCGGGGGGCAGUAUUAAUGAUGUCGCCUGCUUCCUGUCUACGGGGGCGGGGCCUGGGUCACCAACCUCAGUGUUCUCCGCCUCCAGCCAAGCUGAUUGGGCGGCUAAGAGACUUGUAUGGGUGCCUUCAGAGAAACAUGGGUUUGAGUCUGCCAGCAUUCGCGAGGAGCGGGGCGAUGAGGUGGAGGUGGAGCUUACAGACAGUGGGCGGAAACUAACACUUCUGAGGGAGGAGCUUCAGCGGAUGAACCCUCCCCGAUUCAGUAAAGUUGAAGACAUGGCCGAUCUCACAUGCCUCAAUGAAGCCUCCGUCUUACACAACCUACGAGAGAGAUACUAUUCAGGACUUAUAUAUACAUACUCUGGCCUGUUUUGCGUGGUGAUCAACCCCUAUAAGAACCUGCCCAUCUACACAGAAUCCAUUAUAGAGAUGUACCGUGGCAAGAAACGACAUGAGAUGCCUCCUCAUAUCUAUGCCAUAUCGGAGGCGGCGUACAGGAGCAUGCUGCAAGACCGAGAAGAUCAGUCUAUCCUCUGCACAGGGGAAUCCGGUGCAGGAAAAACAGAAAACACCAAAAAAGUGAUUCAGUAUUUGGCACAUGUGGCAUCUUCACACAAGUCUGGUACUCUGGGGCGACCCAAAGACACUGUUGUACAGAUGGAUGGUACUCGCUCUCUGGGUCGUGGCAGUAGCGCUGUGAACAGGACCGUGCAGUAUGGGGAGCUGGAAAGACAGUUACUGCAAGCAAACCCCAUUCUUGAGGCCUUCGGCAACGCCAAGACUGUCAAAAACGAUAACUCUUCCAGAUUUGGCAAAUUCAUCAGAAUCAAUUUUGAUGUUGCUGGAUAUAUUGUUGGUGCUAAUAUUGAGACUUAUCUGCUAGAGAAGUCUCGAGCCAUUCGUCAGGCUAAAGAUGAGCGAACCUUCCAUAUCUUCUACCAGCUUCUCUCUGGUGCAACUGAGGCCAUGAGAAAGGAGCUUUUGCUGGGAGGUGCAGAUCAAUAUCGUUUCCUCUGUGGAGGUUCACUUCCUGUUCCGGGUCAAAGUGAUUCAGAAAACUUCACUCAGACAAUGGACUCGAUGACCAUCAUGGGCUUCACCCAGGAAGAAUCUACAUCCAUGCUAAAGGUGAUCUCUUCAGUGCUGCAGUUUGGGAACAUCACAUUUCACAAAGAGAAGAACACGGAUCAGGCCUCAAUGCCAGAUGACACCGCAGCACAGAAACUCUGCCACCUGCUGGGCAUCAGCGUGCUGGAGUUUAGCCGUGCCAUUCUCACUCCUCGCAUCAAAGUAGGCCGCGAAUAUGUCCAGAAGGCCCAGACCAAGCAGCAGGCUGAUUUUGCCGUGGAAGCUUUAGCAAAGGCCACAUAUGAGCGUCUGUUUCGCUGGCUUGUGCAUCGGAUCAAUAGAGCUCUAGACCGCAGACAACGUCAAGGAGCCUCGUUCAUCGGCAUUCUGGACAUUGCUGGAUUUGAGAUCUUCCAGCUGAACUCAUUCGAACAGUUGUGCAUCAACUACACUAAUGAGAAACUGCAGCAACUCUUUAAUCACACCAUGUUUGUGCUGGAGCAAGAAGAGUAUCAGCGAGAGGGCAUUGAGUGGAACUUUAUCGACUUUGGUCUGGAUCUUCAACCCUGUAUCGACCUCAUUGAAAGACCGGCUCAUCCUCCUGGUGUGUUGGCAUUGUUGGACGAGGAGUGUUGGUUUCCAAGAGCAACUGAUCGCUCAUUUGUGGACAAGCUGUCAGCUGAGCAGGGUUCACAUUCAAAGUUCAUGCGGCCCCGGCAGCUGAAAGAAGAGGCAGACUUCUCUAUUAUACACUAUGCUGGCAAGGUGGAUUAUAAAGCAAAAGAGUGGCUGGUGAAGAACAUGGAUCCCUUGAAUGAUAAUGUUGCAUCUCUCCUGCAUCAGUCAUCUGACCCCUUCAUCUCUGAGCUCUGGAGGGAGGAUAUUCAAACUCUUCCUCGCGUGUACUUUUUUGACUCUUAUGCCACACUGCAAACGAAUGGCUGUGACAGCAGUUGUGAUGUGAUGUUGGAGAGGAUUGUAGGUCUGGAUCAGGUGUCCUCAGGUGAGAACAGUGGACCGGUGAGUUUUGGGGCUGCUGGACUCAAGACGAAGAAGGGCAUGUUCCGCACAGUGGGCCAACUCUACAAGGAGUCCCUCACUAAACUGAUGGCCACCCUCCGCAACACCAAUCCUAACUUCCUGCGCUGCAUCAUUCCCAACCAUGAGAAAAGGGCUGGAAAGUUGAGUCCUCAUUUGGUUCUGGAUCAGCUAAGGUGUAACGGGGUGCUGGAGGGGAUCAGGAUCUGCAGGCAGGGCUUCCCGAACCGCAUCCCUUUCCAGGAGUUUAGGCAAAGGUAUGAGAUCCUGACUCCAAAUGCUAUUCCUCGAACCUUUAUGGAUGGCAAACAUGCAUCUGAGCUCAUGAUCAGUGCUUUAGAGUUGGACAAGAAUCUUUUUCGGGUGGGACAGAGUAAGGUGUUCUUCAGGGCUGGAGUUUUAGCUCAUCUGGAGGAAGAACGAGACUUGAAGAUCACUGACACCAUUAUCCGCUUCCAGAGCGCAGCUCGUGGAUACCUUGCUAGAAAGGCAUUCCAUAAGAAGCAGCAGCAGCUUAGUGCUCUGCGGGUGAUGCAGAGAAAUUGUGCUGCAUAUCUGAAGCUCAGAAACUGGCAGUGGUGGAGACUCUUCACCAAGGUGAAGCCCUUGUUGCAGGUGACCCGUCAGGAUGAAGAGAUUCAAGCUCGGGAAGCACAGCUUCAGAAAGCCAAAGACAAGCUGAGUAAACUAGAGCUUGACUUUACUGAACUGGACAAGAAAAACCAACAGCUGAUUGAGGAGAAGUCAGUCUUGACCGACCAGCUGCAGGCCGAGGCAGAGUUAUUCGCGGAAGCAGAGGAAAUGAGAGCACGGCUGGCCAAUCGCAAACAGGAGCUUGAAGAUGUGUUGGGGGAGCUUGAGAGCCGAUUGGAGGAGGAAGAAGAGAGGACUGUUCAGCUGACCAAUGAGAAGAAGAGGAUCCAGCAACAUGUGCAGGAUCUUGAAGAACAGCUAGAGGAGGAAGAAGGGACACGUCAGCGCCUCCAGCUGGAGAAAGUUACCCUGGAAAGCAAAGUGAAGAGUCUGGAAGCAGAGACCUUGACUUUGGCUGAGCAGAGGGACAGAUUAAGCAAGGAGAAGAAACAGCUGGAAGAAAGACUGAAUGAAGUGACAGAUCAGCUCACAGAGGAAGAGGAGAAGGUGAAGAGUCUCAACAAGCUGAAAAACAAGCAGGAAGCUGUCAUCGCUGAUAUAGAAGAGCGUCUGAAAAGGGAAGAGCAGGGUCGUCUGGAACAGGAGAAGUGGAAGCGGCGAAUGGAAGGAGAAGCAGUGGAGGCUCAAGAGCAGCUAUCUGACAUGAGCUUACUCGUCACUGAGCUGAGAGGAAGCCUGAGCCAGAGAGAAAAAGAGAUCACCACAUUACAGACAAGGCUGGAAGAAGAGGGGGCACGUCGGACAGAAGCUCAGAGAGCCCUGAGAGAGGCCAUGUCUCAGGUCUCUGAGCUCAAAGAGGAGGUGGAGAAUGAACGAGGGAUGAGGGAAAGAGCUGAAAAACAGAGAAGAGAUCUUGGAGAGGAGUUAGAAGCUUUGAGGACUGAGCUGGAAGAUACUUUGGACACUACUGCUGCUCAGCAAGAACUCAGGUCUCGUCGUGAGGCUGAGUUAGGAGAGCUUCAGAGAUGUUUAGAGGAAGAAACUCGUCGUCAUGAAGCCCAGCUGUCAGAGCUCCGCAUCAAACACACCGCUGCUAUAGACUCACUUCAGGAGCAACUCGACAACGCCAAAAGAUCCCGUCAGUCACUGGAGAAGGCAAAAGCUGUUCUGGAGGAGGAGCGCUUGAAUCUGAGUGCUGAACUGAAGACAUUACAAGGAGGGAAGAUGGAGAGCGAAAGGGGCAGAAAAAGAGCGGAAGGACAGUUGCAAGAACUCAACGCACGCCUCUCGCAGGCAGAGAGAGAAAGAGAAGAGCGAGAGGAACGUCUUGGUAAACUCCAGUCAGAGCUUGAGUCUCUGUCCAGCUCCCUCUCCUCAUCUGACUCCAAAUCUCACCGCCUUCAUAAAGAGGUCAGCAGCCUGGAGAGCCAACUGCAUGAUGUGCAGGAGCUACUACAGGAAGAGACACGGCAGAAGUUGGCACUUGGUUCACGUGUACGUGCUCUUGAGGAGGAGAAAGCUGGACUGAUGGAGAGAUUAGAGGAGGAGGAGGAGAAGACUAGGGAACUUACACGCCAGAUUCAGAACCAUACACAACAGCUGGCUGAUCUGAAGAGGCAGACAGAGGAGGUCAAUUCAGCAGUGGAGGCUGGGGAGGAGACCAGGAGAAAGAUGCAGAGAGAUUUGGAGAAUGCCGUACAGAGGGAGAAAUCCAAAGAAGAGGAGAAAGAGCGCAUAGAGAGACAGAAAGAACGGCUGAGAGAGGAGAUAGAGGACAUGACCAUCGCUCUGCAGAGAGAGAGACAGAACUGCACUGCUCUGGAGAAGAGACAGAAGAAAUUUGAUCAGUGUUUGGCCGAAGAGAAGGCAGUGAGUGCCCGGCUGCAGGAGGAACGUGACCGUGCUGAAGCAGAAAGUCGAGAGAAAGAGACGCGCUUCCUGUCUCUCUCUAGAGCAUUGCAGGAAGCAACAGAGCAGAGAGAUGAACUGGAAAGAACCAAUAAGCAGCUUCGCCUGGAGAUGGAGCAGCUAGUCAAUGCCCAAGAUGAUGUCGGCAAAAAUGUUCAUGAGCUGGAGCGUUCUCGGCGGGCUUUGGAAACAGAAGCACAGUCUUUAAAAGAACAAACGCAGGAGUUAGAAGAUGAGUUGGGAGAGGCAGAGAACGCUCGCCUCAGAUUGGAGGUCACACUUCAGGCUCUUAGAGCUCAGUUUGAAAGAGAGAUCAGCACUAAGGAGGAGAAAGGAGAAGAAAAGAGGAGGGCACUCAACAAGCAGGUACGAGAGCUUGAAACAAUGCUUGAGGAGGAGAAGACUCAAAGAGCUCAGGCUUUGACUGUUAAGAAACAACUGGAGACAGAGCUGCAGGAGGCAGAGGCUCAGGUGGAAGCAGCCAAUCGGGGCAGAGAGGAAGCAUUUCGCCAGAUGAAACGUCUCCAGACUCAGAUGAAGGAGCUUAUUCGUGAGCUUGACGAAACCAAGUUGGCUCGAGAUGAGAUUGUUGCCCAAUCAAAGGACAGCGAAAAGCGUCUGCAGACAUUGGAGGCAGAACUAUUGCAGCUGACAGAGGAUCUAUCUGUUUCUGAGAGGCAGAAGAGGCAAGCCCAGCAGGAAAGAGAUGAAAUGGCAGAUGAAAUCAUCAACAAUGCAACUGGAAAAUCUGCUCUAUUUGAUGAGAAGCGGCGCCUUGAAACUAGAAUCACUCAGAUGGAGGAAGAAUUAGAAGAGGCACAGAGUAAUGCUGAACUAUUAGCCGAGAGGCAGAGGAAGAGCACCCUACAGAUUGAAACACUUACAGUCCAGUUAUCUGGAGAGAGGACACUAGCGCAGAAGAGUGAAAGUGCACGAGAGACUCUGGAGAGGCAGAAUAAAGAGUUAAAGACUCGCCUUAGUGAGAUGGAAGGAGCUGUGAAGGGGAAACAUCGCCUCAGCGUCGCCGCCCUGGAGGCUAAGAUUGAAUCCAUGGAGGAACAAGUGGAGCAAGAAAGACAAGAGCGAGCCAUGGCCAAUAAGCUGGUGAGGAAAACAGAGAAGAAACUGAAAGAAGUUUUGAUGCAAGUGGAGGAUGAAAGAAGGCAUGCAGAUCAAUACAGAGAGCAGUUGGAUAAGUCUAUGGGGCGCCUCCGUCAACUGAAGAGGCAGCUAGAGGAGGUAGAAGAAGAGAACUCUCGCUCCAAUGCCCAGCGCAGGAAACUACAGCGAGAGCUGGAGGAAAUGAGCGACAGCAUGCAGAGCAUGAACCGCGAGCUCAACACUCUCCGCUCCCAACUCAGCAUCACAGAACGCCAGAAGUCAGAACAGAGAGCUCCGCUCCCUCUGUCCAUGCGUGCUGGUCGCAGAGCUCUAGUUGAUGACCUUUCUCAGGAGAACUCUGAUUCUGAAGAUCCAGGUGCUUCUCCCACACCGUCCAGCGGCCCACCGGGUACCCCCACACCCUCAGACAACGCCCUGGGCCCCCCUCCCCCGUACAGCCUUACAGAUGCUGAAUAAGAAGGGGCGAGAUGGACAAUUUUACUGGUUUAACUCGCAUAGCUUUUGCAAUCGUACCCAUAACAGAACAUCAGUGCAGUCACACAUAACUUGAAACUAGUUGAUGUGAUUUAUCGAUUUUAAAUGAACUGACAAAUUAGCAUGCAAGAUGGAGAAAGAUUAUUGUACUAUAGAAAUCAAGUAAGCAGUGAGUAAGGACUGCAGAAGUGAAAAUCACAUUUCCCAGCAUUCCUCGGGAAAUGAAGUACUGUAUAUCGAUGCAGUAUAUCAGGCUUGUUGUGGCAGAAUUGUGAUGGCCACCUCAAGCUCGAUUUCAAUCAAUUUAAAGCCAUGUGUUUAGGUGAAAUUUGCAUGUGGGUGGCAAUCAGAAGCCAUCCGGGUUUACACAGAUGAUCCACAAUCAGGCUAGAAUGUGUCAUCUGUGCUCGCACAAGCCAUCAAAUCCUCAAAGCACUGAGAAACUUUCUCUCACUCCUGAAACAAUAUCAUGCUUAAAGACAUUGAGAACUGAACAAGAAUAUCUCUUUGGUAUUUUAAAAUAUCAGUGUUUUAACAUUUUAGAGGUGGUAGUGUGACUUAAUACAUAGAAAAUAAUGCUUUUUGCUAAACGUGAUUUGGCAGAGAUGAUGUUUACGGAAGCCCAUUUUUCCCCUAGAGUAAUAGAAUAACAAAAGUAAUUGGGGAUUUAUAUCACAAAUUUGCGUUAUUAUAUCAUCAGUGUUGUGAUUUUACAACUCUCAGUUGUAAGAAACAAACUUUAUAUCUUUAUCGUUCUCAAUAUCGUGACUGUAUGUCACAAGUUUAUUUCAGUUGUGACUUUAAGUCUCACCAUUACAGCUUUUGCAGUAUUGUAACUUUACAUCUCAGAAUUUUAAUCAUGCUAAUUGCAACUUCACAAUUGCGACAGUCCCAAAAUUGUGAUUUUAUUACUUGAAAUGCAAGUUUGCUUUUUGCAAUUGUGACUUUAUUACUGAGGGUGUGACUUUAUAUCUCACAGUUGCAUAUUUCCUUUUCAAAAUUUUAAUAUUUACAUCUCGUAGAUAUAGACUUGUUUGUCUUAAAUGUGACUUUAGAACUCACAAUUGUGACUUUCUCAGUAACCUCAUUUUACAACUGCAAGUUUGUUUCUUGCAACUGUGACUUUAUAUCUCACUGUGUGAGUUUUUAUAUCGGAAUUACUCUUUCUCUAAAUGGUGAUUUUAACUCUUGCAAUUGGAUGUUUGUUUCUCGCAAUUGUGACUUUAUAACAUACAGUGUGACUAUAUCUCACAAUCACACCUUUCUAAGUGUAGUAAUUUGACACGUUCCAAUUUAAGGGUUUGUUCUUGCUAUUUGCGGCUCAGAGUGUGACUUUAUAUCUCACAGUUGUGACAUUCUCAAUAUUGUAAUUUUACAUCUUUGAAUCUCUUGCAGUAAUAGCUCUAACUUGUAGUGUAACUUUAUAUCUCAUCAUUGCCACCUUGCUUUUCAAUAUUGUGAUUUUCCAUCUAACAAAUAUAAGGAAGCAUUUACACUAGUGCAUUUUUGUUUUUAAAAUUGCAUUUUAGAUCCAGACUGGUGUUUUCAUUGCAAUUUUAAUCUCCAUCCAUGCUAUAUAUAUACAAAUAUAUAUAUUGCUGCUUGUUCAAACUACUUAUUUAAAAUGAUCUGAAACAAAACAGUUAUUUAGAUUAUUUGCAACAAUUAAAAGUGUUUUCACACUAGUUUUGGUCCGCACCCGGAUUAAUUUGACAUAAGAGUAUGGUACUUUUAGCUAGUGUGAACGCUGUUUUCUGAAUGUACGUACUUUUUUAACGGCUGAGUAGUAUGUUUAAAUUCAAAUACAGUUCCUACUGGGUAGUAGGCAGUUUCGGACCAAGUCAAUUUGAACACAAACCAGGCAAGGAGGAACAAUCGAACUUGGGUUCAGACCAGGCAGUGUGAAAGCGCUUUUAAUUGUUUUUUGUUGCUUAAAAUGUUAAAUCCACUUACAUUUAUCAAGUUAAUUUAGGGCGCUUUUACACCAGUGGAUCGAUUCUUUUGUUCCAAAACGGGGAUUAAAAUUGUUACAAUGUU